AUGUCGAACGAUCUCCGACAGGAAGCAAUGACAUUAUUCGCAGAAGCUGUAGCGGCAGAUCCCCAAUAUCAGAGCAAGCUGAAGCAAGCUUUUACCAACGGUGAUACAUCCACAGAAAACAACGACUUGUGUGGGAAUGAGGGUUCUUCUCAGGUAUCUAUGGACCACAAUAUGGGUUGUGACAAUCGAGAUGUUACCUCGAAAGAGAGUGCGUCAGCUGAGAACGAUUCACAACUGGAGUGUACGGCAGAAGAUCGUCAACGAAUCAAUGUUGGAUGGUUUGUUGGGCCAGCAGAUGUGCCAGACGAAUAUGAUCACAAGAUAGCCGUGUACAGUCAACGGUUAGGAUGUCAGAUGUACAAUUUCAUAAGCUAUCCUGUUGGCGGGGUCAAACGGGGAUUUUGGAAACCUGGC